AUAUAGCUGGCCAAGCUACCCUAAUCAAUCUUCAUCACAUCAAAGCUUCUCCUGAACUACUCCUACAUUACAGGGCAUGGCGUCCAAGGCCUGCAUCCUGGUCCUGCUCUUCGUUGCAGCUCUUCUCCAUACAGGUCAUGCUAUUGGCGACGCCGGGCCGUGCCAACUGGAGGACAUCCGCGUCUCGUCGGUGUUGACGGGGCGGCUGGUCCUGAAUGUGCCGGAGUACAGCGUGACUGUGGAGAACACGUGCUCGUGCCCGCAGGCGGGCGUGGUGAUGUACUGCAACCUCGGCGAGGUGAACGCGGUGAUCCCGGACACGACCAAGCUCCGCCUGCUGAGCCGGAAGCAAGGCCACUGCCUCAUCAACAGCGGCUGGCCGAUCUUCAACGGCAAGCCCAUAUAACGUUCACCUACGCCGCCAAGACGCAGCUCGACUUCACCCUCGAUAACGCCUCGCCGGAGUGCCGGGUGUGAUCGUAGCUUUUCUUUACGCAAACGCACGCAACUUUAUUACGUACUUGGAAGUAAGAAUGUUUAAAGGUACAGAAAUAGGGUCGUAGGAAUGACCGGGCCAAAUAUGGCGUCCUGUACCUAAAGACGACGUGUCCUUUGCAAGGCUAUGCGCCUUGAAAUUAAAGUUUGUACGCUCAUGAAUAAAGCGGCAACUAUCAAAAGAUGAUUUCUACUCGGCAA